AUGACAUCUUUGGCAACCUGGGCUGUCACUCUCGCUCUUCUUUUUGUACUGGAGCCGGUGUCUCGAUACAUCUGGGAUCCAAAGAAGCUGCGACGCUUCCCGAACCACAAUGCGCUCUCGGGCUUCACCAAUCUCGGCUACAUCAUCGAACGUUGUCGCGGCUUCCGGUCCAAGAACCUACACAAGAAGCAUGAAAGCAAUCUUGUCGUCCGUACAGGUCCCAACUCUCUAUCCUUCUCUUCUCCGGAUGCAAUCCGUGCCAUCUACGGGCACUCGACUACCUGCGUCAAAGGAGAUAUGUACGCUGCCUCGGCAGGACCCCACGUCAGUCUCCUGGAUGUCGUCAAUAAGGAAGAUCACGCCCGAAAGCGCCGCUAUAUGUCACAUGCCCUUGCCACCCGCAACUUGGAAACUUGGGAAUUCAAGGUCGCAGACAAGGUCGGGAAGCUAUUGCUACAAUUUGACCGCAUCUGUGAACAAAACGGGUCCUCUAACAGCACCACACCUGCAGUCGUCAAUUUUCGUAAGUGGACCAAUUUAUUCACCAUUGAGGCAAUCGUGGACAUUGCUUUGAGUCACAAACUCGGAUGUCUCGAUCGGGGUGAUGACUAUGUGAAGAUCACGACCGUCGACGGGAAAGAGAAGCAAGUUCGGUACAUUGAAUGCCUGCACGGCGGUAAACGGGCAACAUCGACGCUUGUGUGGUCAACUAGAUGGUUCCGUCUUUUACGGGCGGUCCUGACCGCUGUUCCUGGAUGGUUCCGCUUCCAGUGGUCCAUGGGCAGUGAUUUCGAUGCCAUGGUCCAUCAUCUCACGCGGGUACGAGCCGAGCGCCACCGAAACGGCGAGGACUUGGACGACAUCAUACGUUGCGUUAUUGAAGACAAGGACAGCCAGUUUCGCGGAUUGCACAAUGGCGAGAUAGAAGCCGAAGUCAGCGUUUUGCUCGAUGCAGGUUCGGAUACAACCGCUAUCGCACUGACUCACGUUAUGUAUAAUCUCCUCUGCAAUCCGAGGGCUCUUGAUCGCCUGCGAAAAGAGUUGGACGAAUCCUUGCAAGGAGACGACCCAGUUGCCUCCUACGACCAGGUCAAGAACUUGCCGUAUCUGCGAGCUUGUCUUGAUGAGUCGUUGCGUCUGUUGCCUCCGGUCUCAUUUGGCUUGAACCGCAAGACAGGCCCAGCGGGAAUUACCAUUGAUGGCCAAUGGAUUCCUGGAGGCACAACCGUUGCAGUCCCAGCUUAUACAGCACAUCGAAACCCCCAACUGUUUCCUCAACCUGAAUCUUAUUAUCCUGAGCGUUGGUUGGAAGAGAUGGACAAGGACGCAAAAGCGUCAUUCAUUCCCUUCAGCGCUGGAGCUCGGGGAUGCAUUGGCCGCAACAUCACCUACAUUGAGCAGAUGGUGUUUGUCGCUUCAUUGGUCCAGCGCUACGAUUUUGCACUGCCGAGUGCAGAUUGGCAGUUGGAUCAUGAGGAGGCUUUCAACCUCUGGCCAAGGCCCAUGCCCCUUAGCAUCCAGAAAAGACCACUGUCGAAUGAGCAAGGAUGA